AAGAUGUAAAUUCUCGAAGGUGUGCCGAAAGUACUUCCGUAUUUUCGGAUUUCUCUGUUACUGCCGUCUGGGACCUUUAGACUUGUAUCAUGCCGUGUAUCGUUGUGUGCGGGUUUCCUUGCAGUGGGAAAAGCACGCGAACCGAGGAGAUAAAACAGUAUCUGGAAACACAGUGCAAGAGAUCCGUGACGGUGAUUAGUGAUCACUCCAUUGGGGUAGACAGAAACUUAGUAUACGCAGACUCGAAGCAAGAAAAGGAAACACGUGGCACAUUGAAGUCAGCUGUUCAGAGACACAUCGGCAAAGAAGAUGUUGUGAUAUUGGACUCUCUGAAUUACAUCAAAGGUUUCAGAUAUGAGCUGUACUGUAUAACAAAGGCUUGUCAAACCCCACAGUGUACGGUGUUUUGUGACAGUAACAGAGAAAUGGUAUCGUUAUCGAACCAGGAGAGACCUCUGGAGGAACGUUACACACAGGAAAUACUUGAUGCCCUUGUAAUGAGAUUUGAACCUCCCAACUCAAACCAAAGGUGGGACAGUCCAUUGUUUACCGUCCAGAGGGGAGACAGGUUGUCAGGAGAACAGAUUGUGGAUGCUCUACUCAACAGGAAACCUCCUCCCCCAAAUAUGGCUACACAGAAUCAACCACUGUCAUCAACUAACUUCCUGUAUGAAUUAGACAAAAUUACCCAGGAUGCUGUUGGUGUAAUCAUGGCCGGCCAGAAAACUUGUGUUCCGGGGGAUGAAAUUUCUAUACCUGGUGCAAAGGAAAAGAUCACAGUACUGCGACCUUUGACCCUGGGGGAGUUACAGCGCCAUCGCCGACAAUUCAUAGUGUACACGAAGAUGCAUCCAGUCAAUGAUGUAAACACACUCUGUAAUAUGUUUGUACAGUACCUAAAUAAAGGCCUUCGAUGA